ACACACACACACACACACACACAAAGAAAACGAGCAAAUAACUCCUCAUUUAAAAAAGGAAAACUGAUCUCUCUCUCUCUCUCUCUCUCUCUCUCUUUUUCUCAGUGUGUUCUCAGCGGGAGUGCAGAAAAAUGGCUGACUUCAGGAUUUCAGUAUAUCAAGAUCAGUUCAUCUGUCCAGUGUGUCUGGAUCUCCUGAACGAUCCGGUGACUAUCCACUGUGGUCACAGUUUCUGUAAGGUGUGUAUUAAUGACUGCUGGGAUCAGGAGGAUCAAAAGGGUGUCUACAGCUGUCCUCAGUGCAGAGACACUUUCACUCCAAUGCCUGUUCUACGCAGAAACAACAUGCUGACUGAAGUAGUGGAGAAAAUGAAGAAGAAGACUGAAGUUCAAGCUGCUUCUCCUGCUCAAUGUUACGCUGGACCUGGAGAUGUGGAGUGUGAUUUCUGCACGGGGAGAAAACACAAAGCUGUCAAGUCCUGCCUGACGUGUCUGGCUUCUUACUGUGAAACUCAUCUGAAACCUCAUCUAGAAGUUCCUGCUUUAAAGAAACACACAUUAAUUAAAGCUUCAGCAGAACUCCAAGAGAAGAUCUGCUCUGAACAUAAUGAAGUGCUGAAGAUCUAUUGUCGUACUGAUCAAACCUGCAUCUGUUAUAUGUGUGCAAUGGAUAAUCACAAAGGACAUGACACUGUGACAGCCGCAGCAGAAAGAGCUGAGAAACAAAGUAAGUUAAAGGAGAAGCAGAUGAAAUCCCAGCAGAGAAUCCAGGAGAAGCAGAAGAAGGUGCAGGAGCUGAAACAGGCUGUCAACACUAUAAAGAUGAGUGCACAGACAGCAGUGGAGGACAGUGAGAGGAUCUUUACUGAGCUGAUCAGCUCCAUGGAGAAAAAGCGCUCGGAGGUGACGGAGCUGAUCAGAGCUCAGGAGAAGGCUGAACUGAGUCGAGCUGAACGACUCCUGGAGAAACUGGAGCAGGAGAUUGCUGAUCUUCAGAAGAGACUCACUGAGCUGGAGCAGCUUUCACACACACAUGAUCACAUCCAAGUCCUCCAGGCUUUAGCUUCUGGAUGUCAUUCUUCUAUAAAGGACAGACCAACGUUUCAGACAUCCAGCAUCAAUGUUUAUCAACAUCUCUCAUUUAAUGGAGUGAGGAAUUCUCUCUCGGAUCUGAAGAAGAGACUCGAGGAAUUCUGUGAGGAGGAAUUCAACAAAAUCCCUCCACAUGCUGCAGCAGUUCAGAUCUUUUCAGCACCAGAGCCACGGAGCAGAGAAGAUUUUUUGAAAUAUUUCUGUUAUCUGACUCUGGAUCCCAACACGGCACAUCGUAACCUCAUUCUGUCUGAGAAGAACAGAGCGGUGAGAUACAGUGAGAGAGAGCAGCAGUACUUUGAUCAUCCAGAGAGAUUUGACUCCUGGCGUCAGGUGUUGUGUAAGGAGAGUGUGUGUGGACGCAGUUACUGGGAGGUGGAGUGGAAAAGUAAGGGAUGGGUGUACAUAUCUGUCUCAUAUAAAGACAUCAGCAAGAAAGGUCAGGGUAAUGAAUGUGGAUUUGGAUGCAACAAUCAGUCCUGGAAUCUGUGGUGUUCUUCUUCUUCUCUCGCUUUCUAUCACAACAACAUUGAGACUAAUCUUAGAGCUCCAUCAUCCUCCAGAAUAGGAGUGUAUGUGGAUCACAGUGAACAAACUCUGUCCUUCUAUAAAGUCUCUGACAGGAUGACGCUCCUCCACAGAGUCUACACCACAUUCACUCAGCCUCUGUACGCUGGGUUUGGGUUUUACUGUGGCAGUGGAUCCACUGUAAGAUUAAGUGAUCCAGAAUAAAGUGUGUAGUGUUUUGUGUGAAAUUCUUAUACAUUCCCACAUUGUGUUGCUCCAGCUGCGCAGACACAGUAUUUUAACAUGGCAAAAACUGAAGAGCAAAUACUAAUAUUGCAUAAUGAACUUCCUCUAGAUGUCCGUACAUCAGAGACUUUAACUAUCUUUAAACGACGACUCAAGACGCAUCUGUUUCUCACUUGGACUAACCCCCCCCCCACAAAAAAAAAAAAAAAACUCUUCUCAGAUGUGUUGGACUAA